AUGCGUGCCACCACCUCCAACACGCUCGGUGGCGAACUGCUUCCCGCCCGUCAACUCACCAGCAGCCGGACGACGGCAGCAGCGGAUGCAGUGCGAGACAUGUCAACGAACAAUCGACAAGCAUCGGAACCGGUGCCGACCCGGCCCACUAAUCUUAACAAUCGAGAUGUAGUGCUGACAAGCUUGGUGGCCGGUGCGACAGCCGGUGCGCUGGCUAAAACUACUAUUGCACCGCUUGAUCGAACGAAAAUCAACUUCCAGAUUAACAAAGACGUCCCGUACACGUUCCGAGCAGCGCUUGGCUUUUUGCGCAACACGUACGUGCGGGAAGGAUUUCUGGCACUGUGGCGUGGUAAUUCAGCUACCAUGGCACGGAUCAUACCCUACUCCGCCAUCCAGUUUACCGCGCACGAGCAAUGGAAGAAGCUGUUGCAGGUCGAUCUGCACUCAGACACGGAAGUACGACGAUUUAUAGCGGGUUCGCUAGCAGGCAUCACAUCUCAAUCGCUAACGUAUCCGCUCGAUCUAGCCCGGGCCCGGAUGGCAGUGACGGACAAAUACUCCGGGUACAAAACGUUGCGCGAAGUGUUUGUAAAGAUCUGGCAGUGUGAAGGACCACGGACACUGUACCGUGGCUAUUGGGCGACAAUACUCGGUGUGAUACCGUACGCCGGUACCUCGUUUUUUACGUACGAUACACUCAAGAACGAAUACUACAAAAGGACGGGAGAUAAAUCUCCCAACACUGUGAUAUCGCUCACGUUCGGUGCGGUCGCGGGCGUAAUUGGCCAAUCGUCUAGCUAUCCGCUGGACAUUGUGAGGCGGCGCAUGCAAACCACCGGCGUAACGGCUCAGUGCGCCGAUCAGUACCUUACCAUUGGCCGAACGCUAAUCAAAAUAUACAGGGAGGAAGGACUCAUCGGUGGCUUUUACAAAGGAUUAAGCAUGAACUGGAUCAAGGGCCCGAUAGCUGUCGGCAUCAGCUUCGCAACGUACGAUCACAUCAAGCAUCUGCUGCGGGAAAUCAUACACAUCCGGGAUAGUGAUCAGGCCCGACGGUAA